AUGCAAUACUCUGCGAGAACUUUGUGCAAAAUAGCCCUUUGGGGCGCCUUCAGUCUCAUCGCCGUCAAAGCACAAGGGACAAACGGACUUCUCGCCGGCGAUGAGAACGACUGGUUGGCAUUAAACAACGUCGACCCUUGGUAUCUGCCCCCGGAUAUAGUCGACGGCGGUGACAAAGAUGGCUCUGUUUUAAUAAUGAACGGCCGAGUGCGCUGCGGCGUCGUCCCUCUCGACAAGAGCGGCAACGUGUGGACGAUCCCCGCCAACGGCGAUUUCGACGCUGUCGGUUACAUCCUGCCCCGAGGCGGCUACGACUCACGAUCCGACAAGAGCCUAGCAGACUGCGUGCUUCGCGAGUCCAAGGAAGAGGGCGGCUUCAUCAUCGACGUCAACUCGCUUGUUCCCCUCGGGCUGAGCAAGGGGGAGACAGUGUACUGGUACAAAGGCACCGUCACCGAGAACGUCGACCCGACCGAACCGCGCGACCGCCCGCCAAAGUCCUUCGCUGCCGCGGAAGCGCGAACAGAACUGCAGAAGCCGGCCAAGAAGCCAACGAAGAAGUCGGACAUGCGAAUGGCGUUCAAUAAGGCGGAGUCAGCAUCCGAGUCUAACAGUUACCGUUCAACGUUCAAGGCGGGUGGCGGUGCCUCGGCCUACUCAUUCAAAGAGGCCGGGGCGGCUAUGGAGGUGUACAGCACAGAGUUCCAGAGUGGCAGCGCGCCGAUUAUUAAAGUGGAGGUUGACUCGUUCUUGAACAAACUUGUGGCAGAGAAGGCGGGCAAUAGUCAGGACCAGACCAAAAACCGGCUGAGUCUCGCGCGUAUGAUGGGCUCGGUGUGGCUCAGGAAGGGCCUCGCGAUCAAGCAGCUCAGUGCGGUAGAAUUCAUUGACGUAGUCGAUGAUCAAACCAAGGCUGCAAUCACGGCAGUCCAAGGUGAACUGGAAGCCGUAGCCGAAGAUUUCGAGGUUCAGUCGACGGAUUCGGUGCACUGGGGACGUCUGGUGAGCACACCUCUUGGCGAAGCUGCGCAGAGCUUGGCUGCCGCGGCAGAAAAGUCCGUGUCGAAGAUUUCUGUUACUAGUAGUCCCAUUGGUAUCGUCUUCGACUUAGUUUGA